UGCCUUGUGUAGUAAAAAUCAUGCCUUUUUAUUUGUUUUUCCCCAAUUUCGAGUCCUGAGAUAAAAACCCUACAAACCCCUAGGUUUCAUCGAUUUCUCUUCAUUCUCUCUUAACCAUCGUCCCAAGCAAGGAGAAGAUGACUGGUGUCAACACAGUUUCUGGUGAUGAAGAUCGUUCGGACAAGAAGAUUCCUGCUGAGAUUGAUGAGAACAAAGUGAAAGCGCCAAACAUGUUCGAACGAGCAAAAGAGGAGUUUGAUGCUGUUAUUGGAGCUAUUCAUCAACGCAAGGGUUCGAGGGAGGAAUCUGACAAAACGGAGUUCAGAUCAGAGAAACCAGAUGGAAAGAAAAAACCAAACAUGAUCAAAAAGGCGAGGGAAGAACUCAGAUCGCUGUUCCAGAAGGAGAAACCACAUCACCAUCAUCACCAUCAUCACAAAGAAACUCAUGGAACGAGUGAUGAUAUCAAUGAGAACACUCCUGUGGAUGAAGUGAAGGCUCCUAAUGUUUUCGAGAGAGCCAAGGAAGAGAUCGAGGCCGUCAUUGAAACUAUCCAUCCCAAGAAAAAUGAGGCAGAGGGUUCUGAUUCACCUAAGUCUUGUGAUUCACAUAAGACUUCUCGGUCUGUCUCACCGGAGAAGGAGAGAGCUGGAUUCGGAUGCUCUAUUGGAAAGGGGCUGGAAAAGAUUUGUUCUCCUUGGGCUGAUGAUAAAAAAGAUUGAACUAUUCAUAUUUGAUUGACAUGAUUAUGAACUUGUUUUUUCUAGUUGUGGCAAUAGACUUGGUUUUUAAGUUUGAGUGAAUUUGUUGAUUAUUAGGUACUAAAUUGUUGUUACCUUAACAGACUUUGCUUGUUCUUUUCAUAUUUCAAAAACUAUAGUGUCCUCCCUAUGUAUAUAAUUCUAAAAUUCGGUUAGCUUGUUA